AUGGUGCCCUCAAAACAAACAACCCUUUGUUCCUCUCGUCGUAUUGAUUCCAUUUUGCCCGAGGAGUCUCUUUCCCUCCCCCGCCUUCUUUGCCUUCACGGUGGUGGCACCAACGCGCUCAUCUUCCAUGCUCAAUGCCGAGCAAUACGCGCACGCCUCGACAAGACCUUCCGUUUCGUUUUUAUAAAUGCACCCUACUUUAGUCAUCCUGGACCAGACGUUGAAUCUGUUUACGCUGAAUGGAUCCCAUUUCGGAGCUGGAAACGACCAGGUUAUGCAUUCAAUAACGAUCCGUCUCAAUUCUCCUUUACAGACGAUGAAGAGAUCGAGAAAAUCGAUGAAUGUCUCGCCAUGGGCAUGAGAAAGGAUGAUGAGGCUGGAGGUAGGGGUCCUUGGGUUGGUCUUUUGGGUUUCAGUCAAGGAGCCAACAUGGCAGCCAGCUUGCUGCGGAGACAACAGACCUGGAAGCACGAUGCGACUUUGAGAGCACCGACUUCAACUGUAUUGGAGGCAAAUUUUCGCUUUGCCGUACUGAUGGCAGGCUGCGGGCCCUUAUUGUGGAUGCGCACUGAUGUAACGGGUGACCAGCUUGAGCGUGAAAAGCAUGAUGAUCUUCAUUUGCCAACCCUCCAUGUUCAUGGUUUACGAGAUGAGAUGAUAGCCAGACAUAGGGAGUUGAUCGAGUUUUGCCGGGAGGAUACGGCCGGAGUGCUUGAGUGGGAUGGAGAUCAUCGCAUACCAAUAAAGUCUACAGACGUGGCAGAAUUAGUAGAUGGUGGCACAAAUGGUAUCGGGCGAGGUGUUGCCCUGGCCGCAAUCCGAGGCGAUGCUCAUGUCACCGUCGUUGGCUCAUCACAAGCCACAGUCGACAAAGCCAUCAACUACAUCAAGUCACAGUUUCCAACAGCCCAAACAUCUGGAUUCUUCUGUGACUUGGACAAGGACAGCCUGGAAGAAGAUCUCGAGGCAGUUUUCGAUAAGAUCGAUCCAGUAGACCACAUUGUCAUGACGGCCGCCAACUCUCACCCGCGCCAAACAUCGAUUCAGACUAUCACGGCUCAAGAAAUCGAAACUGCCAAUAAGAAAUUGCAGGUCAUGGUAAUACUGGCAAAGGUUGCUUCGCGACGUCUACCUUCAAGUCGGCAUUCUAGUCUUACGUUCACUUCGGGGAGCAUUGCGGAUCAACCCCAGCCUGGAUGCAGUAUUCUCGCCUACAUAGCCCAGGGAAUGGUGGGGUUCGUUCGUGGUCUGGCCUUGGACAUGAAACCUACACGAGUAAAUGUUGUCAAGCCUGGCUACGUCCUAGACACGGGGUUAUGGUCGCAGAUCCCAGAUGAACAAAAGUCCAUGGUGCGUGACACGUUGGUCAACAAGAACCCAACUGCUAGCGAGGGCUUGGUUGAAGAUGUUUGUGAAGCGUACGUGUAUUUGAUGAAGGAUGGAAACAUCACUGGAGAAGUUGUCAGCACAAGGAGUGGGCAACACUUGGUAUAG